UUUAACUGUAACCAAUUGAGUAAAUUCUAUUGUAAACAAACAAAAUCCCAUGCCGGACGUUAGCAGCCUGUUUUGUAAUUUUCUUUAGUGAAUACUUAAUUUUCGCUUCAAUUCCAAUAUGAGGUUCAUUGAAAAAAUAUCCAGUAUCGGUCGAUCAGGCUGUAUUACUGAUUUUCCAAAACCUUGGUCAACAGAACAAUUUAAAACCCCUACAAUGCUGAUAUACGCUCGCGCAGGUUCAGUGCCGCAUUUAACUUAUAACUCAUUACAAAGGUUAGAUGAUAAGAAAUUACUUUUCUUGCAAACAUUGCCGACUGUUGUUGAAUUUAAAGACGCUGUCGAGCUUCAAGGGAAAGGGUUAGGUGCUUUUGCCGGACUGCCCGAGUAUCCAUUUCAUUUAUCAAUCCAAGAUCCGGCUGAUGAAACUCCUACAGGUUAUAAUGUAAACAAAGGUGUAUCAGUUUGGUGCACGGGCGGUAAAAAGAUGAUUUCGGUUUCGGAAUUUAUGAAGAUCAUAAAAGCAUUCCAGCCUGUCUCAUACCAGGCUCUAUGUGAUAGCGAUACGCCAAAAGAUUGCUCCAAGAAACGUUUAAAUAAAUCUGUUGAUAAUACAAUAAAAUUUUUAGAUGAAUGUUUAGAGGAGCAUUCACAGUGUGAGGAAGUUAAAAAUGUUGCUAUAUGGGGAACAAUUGAAGGAGGUUAUGAUUCCUUCUUAAGAAAAAAAUCUGCUGAAGCUACAGUUAAGCGUGCAGUGGAUGGCUUCGUAAUUGACGGGUUUCAUACAAACGGCGCUACAUUGGAAAGUUUAAACUUUUCUAAAGUAAAACCUUUGUUGAAAGAAGUGAUUGAUAUUUUACCAGCUAAUAAACCCAGACUUUUAAAUGGACCACUUGAUGCAGAAAUGAUGAUUGAAGCUAUUAAAAUGGGUGUAGAUAUAUUCGAUUCUUCUCAUGCUUUCAAAUUAGCAGAGGAUGGAGAUGCUACUGUGUUUCCUUUAGAAUCUAUUCCACAUCAUUUUGAAAAAGAUUCAAAUGAUAUUGCAACUAAACGCUUUAAGUGUACUCCUGAACUAUCUUUGAAAGAGGAAAUGUACAAAGAUGACUUGACCCCAAUAUUGAGCACUUGUACUUGUUAUACUUGUAAACAUUAUACCCGUGCAUACAUACAUCACCUUUUGGAUACUACUGAAUUGUUAGCUCAAAUUCUUUUAAUGAUUCAUAAUUUACAUCAUUAUUCAGAAUUUUUUAAAACUAUAAGACAUGUGUUAGGGAAUUGAUUUUAUUUUGUUUUAUAUUGAUAAAAAUAUUUUUAUAGCGCUUACAUGAUUUAUAGAUUUUUUAUCACUCAAGCUUUAAAAUUUUGAAUGUCAAAAAUUUUUUAUUAAUCAAAUUUUCUUCAUUUUACAAAAUAUCGGAUCAAAUUGGAAUUUUCUUUUUACAAAUAUUUUGGGUUUAUUAUUUUUUAAAUUCUAAAUGCUGCUACAAAUAUACUAGGUGGUUAUUUGUAAAAUGUUAACCUUUUGAGCUUUAUUAUGUUGGUACUAUUAUUUUUUCUAUUUUACUAUUAGAAAUAUAUUUAUAGCAAACUAUGAAGAUUCUAGAAAUAAAAUUUUAUUUACA